CCUAUUGGGGGGGGCAGCCAAAGGUUUGACCCAUAGGUCUUGUGGGGGCUACAUUUACCCAGGCUUGUACCAGAAUGCAGUCGUUUGAAAGUGGUGUUCUCUGUAUGGUGGAUGGCCACAUUGGUUAUAGGGUUAGUGGUUUUAAACAAAAGCAGAGGCUUUAGAAUAGAGUGGUUUGUAAAAGCUGCCACAUAAGGGAGAGUUCCCAGAUGGGAGAGCUUGGUUUUUAAGAGCCACACACACCGGAUGUGAAUGGCUCUUUAACAGUUUGUUUCUGAUAAGGUCCUUCACCUUCUGCACUGCACUUUAGAUGUCCUCAUAAUGACCCUGACUAAUGGUGUUUUUUUUUUUUUUUGUUUUUUUUUUUUUUUUCAAAAUUAGACCAGAAGUUACAUUUUUAACCUAAAAAAAGUUUUAAUGCAAAUAGAUUUUUUUUUAUAGCAACAUUAUUUUAUAUGCAAUGUCUGUCUUGACCUUAGUCUCUGAUGGCACCACAGUGCCACAAAGUAAGACACCUUUUUGUUUUGUUUUUUGAACCAGCCAUUUAAAAAAAAUAUAUAUAUGUACGGUCAUAAGUGACUUACAGUGAUGUGUGUAGAAAUGUGUUAAUACAGUUCAAACUAUGGCACUUUGUGAAAAGAGCAUGAUGCUGUACAGAUAACUUGAUGUAUCUUUUAUUGGGUUACCAUAAGUGAUGUUACACAUAAUAGAUCCACCAUAGAUAGAGCCACAUUUGUACUCAUUUCAGCUGCUUAAGUGAAUUGCCUUGUAAUGUGUGGCAUUUGUACUCCAAAAGACUGAAGUUACAGGAGAAAAAAGUCAAGUUUCUCUAAAGUGCUUUAAUGUCAUGGUAAGAUUACUUUUAUCAUCUGAAAGUGGGCAAAUGGAUGUGAAAGUGUUUUUCAUUGUGUACUCUUUUGUUUAUUUAAACAAAGUAGUUGAAUGAAUAUUAUUCAUUGAUAGAUUUUGAUAGGGUAUGUUUUUAAAUAUCAAUUUGGAAAGUAUACAUUUUAUCAUUAAUAUAAAUUAAAGAUAGCUUUUGUGUUUGACUGGUUUGAAAUUACCACAUUUCAGUGUUAGAAGAUGGCACGUGUUGUCUUGGGAUUUGUGGUCAGGAGAGCUCUCCCAGUUUCCUUUAUGUUGUGAAAAGGGGAGGUCCAGGGUGCUUUUUAAAGCUAUGACAUGAAGACUGAGCGGGUGACUGUCAGCUAAACUGGCUGUCCUCAAAGAGUUGGACAUCUCCUGGACAAGGCAACUUUGCUCUUUCACUCAACUAUGGGCUGUUUUGUAUGGGGUUUUGUCACAGACUUCUUCACCUACGAGACCACCAAGUCUGUAGUGGUCAAGAGCUGGUCAGUGGGGAUUAUCAAUCGGAUUGUCCAAGUCCUUAUUAUUGCCUAUUUUAUUGGUUAUGUCUUCAUGUAUGAGAAAGCUUACCAGACGACAGACACAGGCAUAGAGUCAUCAGUUAUGACCAAAGUCAAAGGAUUUGGACGACAUUAUGAUCGAAUUAUGGAUGUUGCAGACUAUGUCUUUCCUCCAGAGGGCACAAAUGUGUUCUGUAUAAUGACCAGACUUUAUGUGACAGAGAAUCAGUUUCAAGGGAGAUGCCCAGAUUCAUGGCCAUUCACUUGUAAAAUGGAUGAAGACUGUAAGAAGCAUUAUGGGUCUGUUCUGGCCAGCGGUGCCAUCACAGGCAAAUGUCUCAUAGAGGACAAUGAAAGCCCGGGUUUCUGUGAGAUUGAAGGAUGGUGUCCAACUGAAAAUGAGGCUCUCAUAUCGAAACCCAUGCCUGAUAUCAGAAACUUCACCAUCUUCAUCAAGAACAGUAUCAAUUUCCCACUUUUUGAUGUCACCAGAGGUAACUUUCCAUCAACCAUGACAUCUGAUGAGAUAAAAAAAUGUACUUAUCAUCCAGAGGAAAGCCCAUUUUGUCCUAUUUUCAGGGUGGGAGACAUUUUAAAUUAUACAGGACAAACCGUGGAGAAAAUAAUCGAAAAGGGAGGAGAAAUAGGAAUAAACAUUGAGUGGAAGUGUAAUCUGGACCUUGAUCUUGACUACUGUGUCCCACUCUAUUCUUUCACAAGACUCGACAAACCCUUUGAGAAGAAUGCCAUAUCUAAAGGAUACAAUUUCAGAUAUGCCCGAUAUUAUAAAUCAGACAAUGGCACAGAGUAUCGGACCCUCUAUAAAGUGUUUGCCAUCCGCUUUGAUGUCAUAGUCACUGGGAAUGCAGGAAAGUUUGACAUGGUUCCAACGCUUAUAAAUGUGGUUGCUGCUUUGACAUCUAUUGGACUGGGUACAGUUUUAUGUGAUAUUAUUUUGCUCAACUUUCUAAAAGGAGCUGACCAAUACAAAGCCAAAAAAUUUGAAGAGGUUUCACAGGCUCAGAUUGAAGCGUCUUUGACACCUAGCCCAGGCAGCCAACUGUCACUCAAACCAGGGAUCAAGAGCUCAUUAGACUCUGGUAUGCCGUCGCUUUCAAUUUCAGACCAACCUGUGUGACUGCUUCAGCAUCACUCAUCAAAUCUCUUAUCAUCCAAGUACAAGUGUGGAGUACAAGUGUAUAUAUAUAUAUAUGGAAGUUAUUCAGUACCUUUAAAGCCUCUGGUGCAUGCCUACAUUGUACUGUAUAGUAGUUUACCUAUUUACUUGUAGCAUGACACAUUCGUACAAGAGAUUCAUUAGCAAGACUUUAUGUAAAUGAACUUUCAUAGUGAUAAAAAUUUAUUUUUUCUGUACAUAAGACUGACAGAGAUUGUAGAACUAGAACGUGUGCUCACACCCAUCUGUACCAAUACUAUUUUAUUUAAUGACAUAUUGUAUUCUAUUAUAUGUAUAUGAAUUA